AUGCAAUCAACCAACGGUCUUCUUCUCUGCAAAUGUUCUUGUUCUUCUAACCAAUUCGACGCGAAUUACUACAUUUACAAUCCGGCAACAAAACAGAACACUCUUCUUCCUCGGAUCAUCGGUCACGUCGCGGCGCUCUCUUUAGCUUUUGAUCCUUCUAAAUCUCCUCACUAUAAAGUCUUUUGCCUCAAAAGACUAAGCAAUUCCUCUUCUGCCUCUGACUCUUACUCUGAUCUUUACCACAUUGAGGUUUAUUCCUCCAAUGAAGGACCUUGGAGAAGAGUUGAUUCGGUUCCUUCUUUCCCUCUUCCUCCAACCGUCGAGCUCGGUAAUACCGUCUUCUGGAAUGGCGCGGUUCACUGGUUCGGUCACAGAUCAAUAGAUUGCCUUUCUUUUGAUAUCGAUCAAGAGAAGAUCAAGAUUCUUCCACUCCCUUAUCUUCACUACCAAGAAGAAGAAACUCCUCCCGAUAUCUGGAAAUUGAGGUUUUUGGAAGAAUCCCGGGGUAAUCUAUACUAUAUCGAGGUGAAUGAUAUGAGUUCUUCGGAAUUCUCGGUCUAUGAAAUGGAAAGAGAUGGCUCAAGCUGGUCCUUGAAGCAUAAUGUUGAUCUAGAGCCUCUUGCAGCCGCUUUUCCCGAGAUAAUCAGAACCGAUUAUUACUCCGAUAGGCGUAUUUACGAGUUCUCCGUCAUCGGUAUUGUCAAAGAAGAGACGGAUGCAGAAUCAUACAUCUUGCUUCACAUUCCAAAUAAGCUUGUCAAGUACAACUUCAAGGACAAGACAUUCAAGGCAUUGUUCAAGAUUGAUACUCCUGUAUUUCAUUUUUACGGAUUCCGAAGAUGUUUCCAGUUCAUCGAGUCUCUUGCUAACGUCUAA